AUGGCGCGAAACUACCGUCUUCGUGGUAUAUACCGGUCUUUGUCCUCAAACUCUGGUUUGCUGUGCCGAUGUAAGUCGACGCUGACAUCAGCUUCAACACAAACUAAUCCUCCGUCACAGUUUAUUCACGAUAGGACCCCUGAAAUGCUUCGUUCCGGAUCCCGACUAUUCUUUUCAACGGAUUUUCGACGGGGUGAAUGUGGAGUAGCGUCAUUGUCAAGAUUAAACCAAAGGUUUCUUUGUAGUACUGCUUCUAAUGUGAAUCAAACAAAAAGUUCUGAUGCAACUUCUGAAGCUAGUUCUAACUCGGGGACAAAUGAAAGUGAAAGCUCCAAAGAUGGCUCGCAGAAGAAUAGUGAGCAAGGGAAGCCUAUCCGAGGAUCGCCUGUUUCGUGGAUGAGCUUCUUCUUACUUCUUGCAACUGGAGCUGCAUUGAUUUGGUACUAUGACCGAGAAAAGAAGAGACAUAUUGAAGGAAUCAAUAAUGCUUCAAAGACAGCAAAACAAGGUCCAUCUGCUGGGAAAGCUGCAAUCGGGGGUCCAUUUAGCCUUGUGGAUCACAAUGGGAAGCCUGUAACUGAGAAAAGCUUUUUAGGGAAAUGGACCUUAAUUUACUUCGGAUUCACCUUCUGCCCAGAUAUUUGCCCAGUGGAACUAGAGAAGCUUGUUUCUGCAAUUGAUAAAAUAAAAGAAAAAUCUGGAAUCGAAAUUGUCCCUGUUUUCAUCUCAGUUGAUCCUGAGAGAGAUACGGUUGAGCAAGUCCGAGCAUAUGUUACAGAAUUCCACCCUAAUUUAAUUGGGUUGACGGGUAGUGUGGAUGAGGUUAAAAAAGCUGCUCGAGCGUAUAGAGUAUAUUACAUGAAGACGGAAGAAGAAGGUUCAGACUACCUGGUCGAUCACUCGAUUGUCAUGUAUCUAAUGGAUCCUCAAAUGGAAUUCGUCAAAUUUUUUGGGAAGAACAACGAUGAUGAAUCCCUCGCAGACGGUAUUAUCCAGCAGAUCAAACAAAGGAAAUAA